AAAUUCAAUUAAAAUGUCCAGUGACUAUUAUGGAUCACUGGCGGGCUCUUCGCUGCCACCCAGUUCAUCCUCGUCGGCAGGCAAUAAUCAAUGUACUUCAACACGCUGGCUAACCGAAGAAGUUUUCGCAUUAAUAGAUCUAGUGCAGCGAAAUGAAGCUAUUUAUAACCCACGUCACAAAUACUAUUUCUGUCGUCCCUAUGUGGAGAACUUUUGGCGUGAGGUGGAUCUGAAAUUGGAGAAGAAUCCUGGUGCCAGUUUGGCCAAAUGGACAAAUUUACGCAUCUCGUUCCGUCGAGAAUAUACGAAUUAUUUGGAAGAGAAAGUACCACCAUGUUGGACAUAUUUCGAUCGUAUGUUCUUCCUGCAUCCCUACUUAAGGAAGAAACAUCAACAGUCCAAGUCGCUGGAUUCUCAAGUACAAGAUGCUUUGGUGCAGAUAAGUUCACUAUCCAACCGUUUGCAACGGGAAAGAGCUGUGGCUGCUGCUGCCGCCGCCAAUACCUUGGGUCCCACAAAUAACACGGCCGGUUCGUCACCUUCCCAACCACAAUUGGAUAACUAUUUGGAAUAUUUUGAUGAUCCCGAAAAUAACCCCUCCGAAUUGGAUGACAUGAUGGAUGAAGAGCAUCCCAACUCAUCGCAGUUUGCCCACUCCACACUGGCCAAUGAUAUUAAAUCGGAAUGUGAAGAUAAUAACGAUGAAUACGAUAAUGUAGAACGUCCUGGUGACGAUGAUGAUUUACAUGAUGCCGAUGGAGAUGCGGAUGUAAGAAAUUUUGAUUAUCAAACGGAAAAGCGUCAAACGCCACAACAUCAUCAGCGGUUGCAAAACUUGCAGCGACUUCAAACACGCCCCUAUUACGAAGAGUUUCGUAACAAAAGAGCUAGAUCUCAGGAUAGCAUAUCCAGUUCUCAAGCUUUUGCCACACCACCAUCCAUAAAUAAUGUAUCUUUUGUAAGACCCACAUUUACCAAACCAUUGGAUGUGGUCAGCACAACAACGACAACACAAAGUCACAACUCUUCCUCGGGUCGCAGCAAUAAUUCCGGUAGUACGGGUUCUAACAACUCGACAUCUAUGUCGAAUGCUGAUACCGAGGCCGUUAGCAAUUCAAGUGCAAUAACAACAACACGUUCAUUAACACAACACCAUCAUAUGCCCUAUUCUGCAUCAACAAUGUCCCAUGUCGCACACCAACAGCAGCAGCAUCAUCAUCAUUCUGCACGUUAUGAGAUCUCCAAUUUAAAUGCCCAACCUAGUCUAGCUACCAGCAAUAGCAAUGCGCCGUCAAGUGGCGGUCACCAGUUCUCCAAUGGACUCGGCAAUUCAUUGGCCAUUGCUGCUCCCACAGCAAGUACACCUGAGCUAUGCGAUUGCAAAACCGAUCCAGAUGCUAUGUUCUUAAUGAGUCUUUUGCCAGACAUACAAAAGCUGAACGGACGUGAUCGUGGCAAAAUAAAAAUUGCUUUUCAAAAUAUAUUACAAGACUAUUUGUAUCCCGACUAAGCUGG